CUAAGUAACGGUUUGCAGUGUUGGGUGCCCAGAAGGAAAGGAUGAGAGUCCCGGAUCGGUCGGUACAGUUAGCGGGUAGUUUGGCAGCCGCGGCGCUGGAUUACACUGGGAGUUUCACAGGGAGUCUACACGUGGCCGCGGGGCUGGUAGGAAUGGGCUGAUCUCACGCAAGCAGACCAUGUCAGUCCACUCUCCAAGCGGGCGAGUGUUUGGGCUUCUGGCGACCUGCCUGUGCACCGCUUUCUUGUGCCUCCAUCAGGUCCUGAGAGGGGAACAGCAGACGGAGCCGGCCGGUUCCCCGGACACGGAGGAAGCCGGCGCCUCCCCUCUGUUCAGGUUCUCCCUGGCAUUCCUGGUAUGUUACUGUCUGCUCAAGUAUUGCCUGUGGUCGGCGCCUCGGCAAGCCUCGCAUCUCCGGGGAGCAGCACCAGCUCCCGCCAGGAAGGUGGUGUUGGAAACUUACUACGAACACCAGUUGAAAUUGUCUCCCCAUGUCCUGGGACACAGCAAAUCGCAUGUGACCAAGAUAGUCAGCGAGCUGGUAAAAGUUGGUAAGGCCGAGCACCAGGACUUCACGCUGACAUUUCGUGGAGACUUCGUUCAGAUUGGCAGUGCGUAUGAACAGCACAAGAUUAACAGUCCGGACUGUUUCGAUGUACUUGUCCCAAUAAAAGUGCCCCAGCUUCUGAAACUAGAGCCCGCCUUCGAUAUAGGGAGAAACGAGCUUCCCUUUAAUCUGAGGGGAACCGCUGUCUGCAGAUUAAAACCCUCCUGUAGCUCUGAGUGGUCAAAGUACAGGAAAAACUUCGGUGAUUGCUUCUGUGUCCACUUUCAGAAGAAGUCUGUUCUGUCAUCCACUCAGGUGCUGAGGUGGUUUUACAGCAAAAUGCACAGAUGCCUGAAUGUCAUCAGAUACCAGUGUGAGGAGCGAUGCUCCCUAACCCUGUCUGUGGUCAAUGACCAACUCAUACUGAAACUACUGCCAAAGUCUGAUUACGUGUGCUGUCAUAUUUCCAUGUCGGUGCGACUAAUUCCAGCUGUGCAUGUGGGUGAUUCAGUAUUUCUUGUCGCCCAGCCCUGGACCAGCACUGAGUCAGCUCUCGGGCCCUUGAAACCAGAGGCCUUCUGGCAUGUCUAUCUCUCAAAACAUGAACAGAAGUUUCUGAACUGGCUGAAGGUGCAAACUCCAGUCAACUCCUGCCACUUGAAAUGCCUCCAGAUUUUGAAAGCUCUUCGGGACGUGGGUUGUAAGGAUUUUGACCAGGAAUUUUCUGUUCAAUGGAACACAAUCCUUUGCUCCUACAACAUGAAAACAGCACUUUUCCAUUUGCUAUUGAAAGGCCCCCUGGAUGCGUGGGACGAAAAAUUCCUAAUGGAACGAUUAGAGGACUUGAUUAAGUUCUGGAGGGAACGGUUGCAGAAACAGGAACUGAUGCAUUUUUUCCUGGGGAAUAAAAAUAUCCCAGACUUUUUGACAGUGCCAAGGAAAAUCAAGGAUGUCUUGCCAGUGAACCUCCUGGCUGGGUUUGAUGCUGCUCUUUUGGAUAUGGUUUCCUUUCAACUCCUGAAUACAUGGAAUCGAGCACACCAAAUAAUGAAGUUAAAUAAUCAUAAACACUGGCCCAGGAAUUACUAAUAUGGCAAGAUGCUGACGUCUGAACCUGUCUUCAUAUUAACGUAAUAACAUGUCAAUCUUUUUCUGCUUUUCAUAUCUGCUAAACUGUAGAUUGGCCAUUUUAAUUUAUUGCAUGUCAUUCCCGGUGACACUAUCUUCAUAAAUUAUUGUUAUAUCCCCAUUUGGCCAGAAGGCAGUGUCACAGUAUUAUUUAGUUACCUCUCAUUCCAGCAAACAGCAUUCUAAGGUGCACUCAGUACUUAAUAUUGAAUAUCAGCUUUUACUCAGAUGUGGAAAUUUUUAAAGCA